AUGCUUAACUUAGUGGGACUGAGCGUUGCGGUGCUACUCUCAGCAGUGGGCGCAGCAACGAUAGACAGACUGGAGUAUGACUACUUCAAAUACCACCCCAUGCCAGAGAUCUCCAAAUGGAUGGCUCAGAUUGCUCAGGACUACCCUGAUGUCGUAACCACAGAGGAUUAUGGACACUCCUAUGAGAACAGGACUAUUAGUUUGCUUAAGAUUGGUCUGAGUACUGGAGGGAAAAAGAAAGCUAUCUGGAUGGACUGUGGGAUACACGCCAGGGAGUGGAUCGCCCCAGCCUUCUGUCAGUACUUCGUCAGACAGAUUCUGCAAACAUACAAAACAGACCCAAAAAUGGAACAGAUGAUGAAGAACAUGGACUUCUAUGUCACGCCGGUGCUCAACGUGGACGGCUACAUCUACUCCUGGAAGGACAACACAACUCGACUGUGGAGGAAGAACAGGUCACCAGGACCUUCGGGCUGCAGCUGUUACGGCACAGACCUCAACCGCAACUUUGACGCCAACUGGGGCACAAUCGGGGUGUCAUCUGACUGCUGCUCAAACAUCUACUGUGGUUCAAAACCUGUGUCUGAGCCCGAGGCCCAGGCCGUAACCGAGUACGUGGGAAGCCGGAAGGACGACUUCCUGUGUUUCCUCACCAUCCACUCGUACGGCCAGCUGCUCCUGGUUCCCUACGGACACCCCAACUUCACCGCCCCCAACUACAACGAGCUGAUGGAGGUGGGUCGGGCUGCGGCAGACGCCAUUAGGGAGGUUCAUGGGAGGAACUACGUUGUAGGAGCCUCACCUGAUGUGUUAUACCCCAACUCCGGUUCAUCCAGAGACUGGGCUCGGAUGCAGGGGAUCCCCUUCGCCUACACCUUCGAGCUGAGAGAUAACGGGACAUUCGGCUUCGAGCUCCCAGAGGAUCAGAUCCAGCCGACCUGUGAGGAGGCCUACAGAGGAGCCCUGCACAUCAUCACCUACGCCCACGACAAGACCUUUAACGGCGCCGUGGUCACCGCUGCUGCAACCCUGUGGACCGUGCUGUUAGCAGUGGGUGUCAGCGGUGCCACCCUGAUGUGAGGU